UGCAUUCUUGCACAUUGGAUUUGCAGGCUUUAGGUGGAAAGUUGUGUCGUCUGUUAAGUGCUUGACAGAUUGUUUUAUCGACAUCUUGCGUUUAUUUAAUCUUAUUUUGCUAGUAUUUUUGUAUCAAAAAUGGCCGGAUUCAGUGAUGAUCAGUUAACGGAAUUUCAGGAUGCUUUCUCAUUAUUUGAUAGUCGAGGAGAUGGUAAAAUUAGUAUAUCUCAGUUGGGUGAUGUUUUACGGGCUUUGGGUCAGAAUCCAACUGAAGCUGAAGUGAAGAAAUGUUGCCAUCAACUGAAGCCAGAUGAAAGGAUUAGUUUUGAGGUUUUUCUGCCAAUUUUACAAACUAUAAGUACAAAACGCAGCACUGAUACAGCCGAAGAUUUCAUUGAAGGUCUCCGUCAUUUUGAUAAGGAUGGAAAUGGAUUUAUCAGUUCUGCUGAACUGCGCCAUCUUCUGACUACUCUUGGUGAAAAAUUAAAUGAUGAUGAAGUAGAACAAUUAUUAGCUGGACAAGAAGAUUCCCAAGGAAAUGUUAAUUAUGAAGAUUUUGUUCGCAUGGUUAUGAGUGGCUAGCUUUUAAAGUAAUACAGUUUGAAACAGUGCUGAUAGAAAAUUCCAUUAAUAGCAAGUUCUUAUUCUGAGAAUACUUGAUACUUGUAUUUUUUAUUCCAGUGCAUUUUACGAAAAAGAUCUGUUGAGUAUUUAAUCAUAUUUUUUUGCAUCACCUUAAAUUUUAUUUUUUUUUUAAUUGAAUAGCAGUGAAACUUGUUGAUGUUUGUGUAAAUAAAUUUUCUUAUGCUUUUUAU